AUGAGAUCCCUCUUGACUAUUACCGCCCUUCUGAUCUGCGUCGUUUCGAUGGCGGAUGCUUUGAAGGGAGCAUCUUCGUUGAAGGGAGUGCGUGGCAAUAAGCAACGGCUGGACUCAGCAAAGAAACUAGGAGCCACAAAGCGUAAUCUACUCGACGACAAGAAAUGCAAAAAGUACAAGGAACAUGACCCCAAGGCAACCGCUGAAGCCAGGGAUGGCGAAACACCAGAACCCAAGGUAACUCCUGCACCUAAAGCAACUCCUGCUCCCAAGGCCACAAAAGAUUCUAAGGCUACAGAUCCCAAGGCCAAGGAAGAAGAUCCCAAGGCCAAGGAAGAUCCCAAGGCCAAGGAAGCAGAUAAGGAGAUUGCCAGAUCAGAGGAAGCAGAAUGUUUGGAAUGGGAAGACCGCGAAGGCGAAGGCGGCUCGUCCACCAUCAGCGAUCCUGCAUUUGGAUCCACUGGUACCAGUUCUGAAUUCGACACUGUCAACGUUGACUGUGAGGCAAUUGCUAAUGAUGAAGGACCGACCGAUGUUGACUCUGUUUCCUUUUCCGUCAAUUUUGAUGUGCUGAAGGACGCCGACUCCAAGAUGAGCGACAUCUACGCUGCCAUGGAGAAGGAAUUGCAACAAAAGGUUGCUCCUCGAAUUGCUAGUUGCUCCAGUGGUCGACGUUUGUCGGACGAGGAAUCGACCAAAAUUGUGCAUGUUGACUUUGGAGAAUUGGAAUUCGAUCAUACGGGCUGCGACUCUUCUCUUGCCAAGGAAGCUACUCAAGAUGGAACUGUCUGCUUGGCUAGUGAUGUACCCGUCGAUGUUUACUUUGUUGGCGACUUCCCUGAAAGCGCUAUUGCCAAGGUGGAGGUCGCCAUUGAGGAGCAUGAAUGGGAUGUGGAUGGUCUUGUGGAAACUUCCGAGGUGGCCAUUGUCCAAACUGCUUCGUCCAUGGGCAAAACGAAAUCAUCAGAAGGCGGAGGUCUUCCAAUUGGCGGAAUUGUAGGAGGAGUGGUGGCAUUGGCUCUUGUUGGUGCAGUUGGAUACUUCCUGUACCAAAGAAGCAGCACUCCUGUGGCCAAGGCUGAGCUGGAUACUGAUGAAGAAUCCGAUGAAGAUGACGACAAGAAGAAGGUGGCCAUUCCUCAAGUGGAGGCACGAGCCGUCAGGUAA